AAGGAAAUUUCUACAUUUUUCAAAAAUGAUCAGCAGGAUUUUCAUCGCUUGCCUGUUUCUCGGGAUGUACAGUACGGGCUCCUCGCUAAGUUGCAAAUGGAUUGUAAAACAUCCAGGAAACACAAAGAGUCAAUUCAGUCUGUACAACAAAAUAGCUUUAGAUUUCCUUGAUAUGAUGAUUACUAACACCACUAAGGAUGCUGAAAUUGAGCACAACGUAGCUUUCCCUAAUCGACUGUAUCGCCAGACGUCCAAAGCAACAGAUGAGGAUAAACUGGCUUUCAUAGUUCAGAUUCUGAAGGAGGUGUUUGACCUGUUUGAGAAGAAUCGCAGCUCUGCAUCAUGGGAGGAGAACACAGUGGAGAACUUUCUCAAUAUAGUCAACAAAACAGCUGAAGAGCUUCACUCCUGUAUUGGAAGCCACAGCAAUACGACACAGCUGACGCAUUUCAAGAGACUUUCAAAUGAAACCUUAAAGGACAAUGGUUACAGUGCUGAAGCCUGGGAGAAGAUCAGGAACAUAACAAGCCCAUCUGAGACAAUGUGAAUUCCUGGUUACAUCUCUGGGAACUGCCCACUAAAACUUGUCUAUCGG